AUCAGUUAUCCAUGAACAUAUGAAGGGCUCAAGUGUUUAUUCAAGAGAGACUAACCUGAGAAAUGUUCUCAGAGUUAACUACCAAGAACCGGAAGUACCUAAGGAUGACGACUACUUCUUCUGUGAUGAGUGUAGGACUUUCUUCCUCGAAGAGUGCGAGGUCCACGGUCCUAUCGUCUUCGUGGCUGAUCGAUCGCCCCGUUGCUGUCGGAGAGAAAGACAGAGCCAAGAAGACGCUGCCCGCUGAGUUUGAGAUCAGAGAUUCUGGGAUCCCUGGGGCCGGUCUAGGGGUGUUUUACUGUGGAGACGGUGGCCUUCCCAUUGGAACACACUUUGGACCCUACGAAGGACACAGGACCGAUGAAGAGGGAGCCCUGGAGAGUGGAUACUCCUGGGAGAUCUACAAGAGCAGACACAAUGAUUACAUUGAUGCAAAGAGAGAGACACUUUCUAACUGGAUGAGGUACGUCAAUUGUGCUCGUAAUGAAGAGGAACAGAACCUAAUAGCGUUUCAGCACAAAGGAGGAAUUCUGUAUCGCACCUGUGGCCUCGUGACUUCAGGAGCAGAGCUCUUGGUCUGGUAUGGGGACGAAUACGCCAGACAUCUGGGAAUCGGAUUUGAUCUACUGUGGAACAACAAGAAGCUCUACUAA